AUGGCGCCAUUAAUCUCCUCGCGCACCUCUGCGCGCACACUCGCAACGGCAGAACUCGAUUCACGCUCCGCGCCCUUUCGCUCGUUACCGCGACCGUCUCGCUCCCCUCCCUCGCUAAGCUUUCGGAGAAGCAUAGCAACUGCGCCGCAUCUCGUCUCCCGGCUCAAUGAUAACGCCAACAUCGUCCCAGAGACCUACGGCUUAGCCUCGAAUGGUCCUGAUGCAGGCACCGUAGUGGGCAUCGUGCUCGGGUCCGUGGGCGGUUUCCUGCUCGUCCUGUGGCUGAUCUAUACGAUUGCGAACCUCGGAAAUGGCAACCAGCGCGUAAUAGAAACGGCGACUGUGGACACGGCGUCCGUGAUCACCCGUAAGUCGCGCAGACAUCGUCGGCACUCGGGCUCUCGGCGCACGGCAUCCACUCGGCCCAGAGAGACCGUCGAGACCAUUCGCCGCGAGCGCGUGGUCCCGGUCUCCAUGCCUAUGUCCCAGAGUGAGAGGAUUGUCGUGGAGGAGACAACUCGAAGUAGAGCGCCCGCAUCUGCCCCACCACCGCCUAUGCCACCGCCCAUGCCACCGGCUCCUCCGAGGGUCGUCCAUGAUGACGACGACGAGGUCGUGGUGAUUGAGGAGAAUUCGCCGCCGAGGAGGAGGGAGAGCAGACAGCACAAGAGAAGGAGUAGCAGAAGGAGCAGCGAACGCAGGAGCACCAGUAGGCCUGGCGGAUAUAGGGAGGUUGAUCCUUAUAGAUAUGCUGGAGGCGAUGCUUCCGUGAGGAGCGUGAGUCGGAGGCGGAGUCCUUCGAGGGGAGGAUAUUGA